CGCGGGGGCGGAGCCCAGGCUCGGCGGGCUCCGGGCUCGGAGCGCAUGGAGGUGGGCGCGCUGGCCGGGCUGAGGCGGCGGCCUGCGGAAGAGGAGGAGCGGGGCGGCCCCGGGGACGCGAAACGGGCACGCAGGAGCAUCGAAGCCGGUGCCGGGGAGGACGCUGUCCAGGGACAAAAUGGACUGCCCCGGGCGGGCUGGACUAACUUAAACGGGCUCUCCGAAUCAAAGGGCUUCUUCGCCCAGGAAGUCGUGCCUGGAAACGUGCAAGGCAGACAGAGCUCGCUGAUCUCUGCCAACAAUGGAAGGGGGCCCACCCAGCCUUGCUCACGCUGUCUCGCCGGCGAGUCUGGGCAUUUUAACCACACCGUGAACUGUUAGAAGCUGCAAGUUGACGGAGACGGCCGGAUCCACUCUCGGGCUUGAAUCCUCCACAUGAUGAUGAACAGUCGAUGUUAUUUCCUGGGAAACUGUUUGCUCUCUCCUUCGGAUAAUCCCCCAGUUCUCGGUUCUGGGCCCAGAAGGGCAGCGCGGCUUCAGAAUGGCCUCCACAUUGUCACUCCGCACUCUUAAAAUAUGUCUUUUUACAGAAGAGUGAGGAUUCACUAAAUCAUGAUCAAUUUCUUACUUUUGUAAAAAAAAAAAAAAAAAAAAAAAAGGUUGUCGGGAGGGCAGUUCCUCCACGAGAAGGAAUCUCUUAGAAAUAUGGCGGCUUCCAGCCUACGCCCCGAGUAAGCCCGCUUGGCUCUGGUCGAUUAUUGUGUCAAGAGCACCGACUUGUGUAUGUUCGAGACCGCUCGUGUCCAUUUUUAAGAGGAGACAAUGUUAUUUUCAUAUUCUAAAUGUGAAAUUCUAUUCUGUGACAUAAAACUGAAUUGUACCAAA